AGUGCAACGGACCGAGGCUUUGAAGGCGGUCGUCGAAGAGACUACUGUAUUGCUACGGGAAUUAGUUGAUCAAACGUCCUCCGAUUACAAUCAGUGUUUUAAGCUUGUGGACUUGAAGAUUUGCGAUAUCGUCCAAGGACAACAAAAAGUCUGUAAAAACAGAAAAUCAGUAACAUAUCGUAACUUGCUUUACCUGACAGCUUAUCCAAACAUGGAUAAUACAAGCUUCCCCGACAAGAACAGCACACAAAAUUCGUCCAACAUCAACCAAGGWACUGAGAAAGCUGAAGUGAACGGUGUUAGAGUUGCUGUGUCGAUUGUUCUGAUGGUUUUCAUCAUCGCUGGAAACCUACUUGUGAUCUUAGCCUACAAGACCAACYACCGAUUACGUACAGGGACAUACACUUUUCUAGUAAGUUUAGCGAUAAGUGACUUUCUUGUUGGUAGCGUCUCUAUACCYCUCUGGAUCUAUAUAUCUGCYCGAGGAUGGCAAGCGCUUCCUGGGGAAGCGUAUGCAUUCUACAUCUGUUUUGAUAUUUUUAGUGCUUUGGCAUCAACCUUCCACCUAACCGCGGUAAGUGCUGAGCGUUUCAUAGCGAUUUCCAGACCGUUCUACUACAAAACCAUUCCAAUACGCACCUAUUUCAUAUGGUUAUGUUUUGCUUGGGGUCUCGCCUUUGUUUUUGCAACAUUGCAUUGGAAGGGUAUUGGAAGUCUUUUUGACGAUCCUACAAGUCCUGAAAUGAUCACAUAUAAACAAGUAUAUAGCGUUAUUCUAUUUACAUGUGGUUACUUGUUUCCCAUGUUUCUCAUAACAACAGUUAACAUUGGGAUUUUUAAAAUCGCCAAAAAACUCAUUAGAAGCUCUGCGCGUCCGAGUCAAGCAAGCAUAGAAGAUAACAUGACCUCCUUUACUCAGAGAAGAUUGCCAAAAGAACGUAAGACAGCUAUAACAUUGGUGAUGAUAACAGGACUGUUCUUUUUAGCUUGGAUGCCAUUUUUCGUUGUAAACAUGAUUAGUUUAUUUUGCCUUAGAGCGUGCUUACUGCGAUUAACGCGAUAUUCAGUAUUCAUCCUGGUUGAAUUUACAAAGUGGUUUCAUUACAGUAACAGCGCUAUAAAUGCCGUUGUUUAUGCGUUUCGUGACGUGGAAAUGAGACGAACAUUUAUCUCACUCAUACUGCCUUUUUGUGAGUACCCAGCACAUCGCAUAGGACCAGGGAGCCUGGACACUACCGCGGCUGUGGUCAGAACAAGAAACCACAGCUCAUCGUCUGCGUAUUACGCCGAGUACUUGAAGUCACCAAACAGAGUUGAGCUAGAAGGCCCUAAUUGUUCUUAAAUUGUGAAAAUAUAAUAAAACUCUAAGAGCGGAAGGAGUAUGGUACAUUAAUCAAAAACAACUGUCACUAACUGAAAUCCAUAUAGAUUGUGUUUAUAAUCAGGUUUAAAUAACAACUGUUUUGACUCGCCGACUCCGAAAAAAAUAGCAAAAAACCGGCACGGCAAAGUAAAUGAAAUCAGAUGAGUUUCCUUGUACCGCAGCCAGGAUUGUCGACGAUUAUUGAUUUAAAAGACAAACUUGAAUCUUGGUUUAACGCCGAUCUCUUUCUUUUUCUUCCACAUCGCGCUGGUUGAAUUUGACUACAACACGGACUUGGAUUACGGAAAUGAGACAGCGCUUGAAAGAUCACGCACACGGAUUGUUAGAAUAACAUCAUAAAGAUGGAUAUUUUAAUUAAAAACAUUGUACUUCAAAACCCUACAUCAAAGAAAAUGAAGACGAAACUCGGGAUAGAGGGGAAAAAAGGUCGGAGAUAGAUAACUUGUUUACAUCGGAAAAUAUGAAAAACUGCUUAGUAAACGAGACAACGUAUUGAUAAGCUAAAUGAAGGCAAUAUACUAAGUGUUUCCUUAUUUUUACUACUAUCAAUGUAUAUACGUGAAAACAAUGUUUUAUCUGUUAACAAAAUAGCGAUAACUGGUAGAUCAGGAUCAUUUAAGCAGCUGAAAUCGAUUUGGGGAUUAAAAAUAAAUGCGAAAAUAAAUAGACGAUAAUAAAUAAAAAA